AUGUCGUUCGGACAUAAACAGACCAUCUCGCCAAAUUCCUUCGCCAUUCCUGGCUGGACCAUGCUAGGGGAGGGACAUGUGCCUCAACUGCUGUCGGACAAAGUCAUCCUUACGCCUCCAUACGGCGGGCACAAGCGGGGCGCAUUAUGGACGGAACAGAAGAACUCAUUACAAGAUUGGACUGUAGACUUCAAAUUCAGAGCAAGCGCUGCGGAUCGAGGCAGUGGGAAUUUGCAGCUGUGGUAUGUGGCCAAUGGAGACAAGACAGUGAGCACGUCGAGCAUAUACACCGUGGGGAAUUGGGAAGGGCUCGCGAUAGUCGUCGACACAGUAGGAGGAGUACAGAAGAUCCGAGGGUUUCUCAAUGAUGGGAGUCUCGACUACAGAAAUCACGCGAACGUGGACAGCCUGGCCUUUGGGCAUUGCGACUACGUCUACCGCAAUCUCGGACGACCAUCUCACAUCAAUGUGCGGCACACUCGCGCCGGAGGCCUUGAAGUCCGCGUGGACGAUAAAACGUGCUUCACGACGGCGAAGAUCGCACUACCAUCCGACUAUGGCUUUGGCAUGACCGCCGCAUCCGCAGAUCCUCCCGACUCCUUCGAAGUGUUUGGAUUCACUCUAUCGUCCAUCGUUACUACGCCACCGCCCCAGCAGCAAGAAAUGAACCAGCAAGCGUUUUCCCAAAAUCAAAACCAAGGCCAAGGGACGAUGCAGAUGGACGACCACCCGGCCUCCUACUACACCACGACAGAAACCCAGUUCGCCGACCUCCACAACCGCCUCAACCUGAUCUCCAAGUCCAUCCAGAACCUCUUCGCCGAAGUACAACGCGUCUCGUCCAGCUUGGAGUCGCGGCACGCCGAAAUCCUGGCCCGCAUGCCGAGUUCCCAAUCCAUCAUCAGUCUAGAUAACCGCAUGGCCACCCUCGACCGAGUCGUCUCUUCGCUGGAGAAGGAGUUGAAGAGCGGCGACCACCGCUCACAAUUUGCGAAAUUGAGCGAGCAGAUCGCGCAGACCCACGUGGGCGUGACGGAAGAGGUGCCACAAAGGCUCAGAGAAUAUGUCAUUGCGCACACCCCCAGGAUCGGCUUCAUCCUGUAUAGUUUCAUGGCGUUCCAGACGUGUUGCAUUGGCGUGUUUGUAUGGUAUAAGUGGCGAAAGAGCACGAUGCCGAAGAAAUACCUGUAG